AUGCCACAUGCUCCCUUAAGUGCUUUGCUGAACAACUGGACUUCACAGCUAAGCUCGACAGCAUAUUCAAUGCCUGCUGGAGAAGCCUGGCACUCCGACAAAACUAUGCUGCAGCCUCCACAUCGGGUAAACACUUACUUCUGUGUUUGCCUGCACGCUUCCAUCACAGGCAUUCGGAGCCCACAGCAGUCCCCCGUCCAAUACUACAGCUACACAAUUGAAGCCAAAAGCAGUGGGGCUAUGCCACAAGAGAUUGGAGACUCACCCCAGAUCCAGCUGUGGUAUAUAUCAACUAUCCCAGUAAGCCUGUACUCCUUCCGUGGUCUCGAUGCCACAGUGGCUGAUUUUGAGGACCACUGUGGGCCUACCUAG